AUGGGGGACGUGAUCGACUCGAUGCUCGACCUGAUGCGGCGACUCCCGCCUACGCGGACGCAGGAGAACGUAGCAGCACUCGUCGGGAUCUGCCCAGAGGACGCCGACGAGCUCCUGCAGAGCGUCGACCAACCCCUUCAGGUCAUGGUUGACCGCGCGACGGGGAGGGAGUACCUCGCGUGUGACUACAAUCGCGAUGGGGAGAGCUACAGGUCCCCGUGGUCGAACGAGUACGACCCCCCACUGGACGAUGGCGCUGUACCCUCGUCGAAGAUGCGGAAGCUUGAGAUUCAGGCGAACGAGGCGUUUGAUACGUACCGCGAGAUGUACUACGAGGGUGGCGUGUCUUCCGUCUACCUCUGGGACCCGGAAGAGCCGAGUGGCGGAGGCAACUUUGCUGGUGUCGUCGUUCUAAAGAAGACGAUGACACCUGCGACACCAUACGAGCCCUCUGGCUCCUGGGAUUCAAUACACGUCUUCGAGACCAUGGAGAGAGGACGACAAGCACAUUACAAGCUGACAUCAACGGUCAUGCUGCACCUCCUCACGCGGAAAGGAUCUGAAAGCGAUGGGAAACCCUCAGCGGACACGAAAGGGCCCGAGAGUUGGAAGCGAAACGGGGAGCUGAGCUUGAGCGGAAGCAUGACACGCCAGACCGAACAAGACUGGCCCCUCCAGGAGACCUCGUCCCACAUUGGAAACAUCGGGAAGAUGAUUGAGGAGAUGGAGAUAAAGAUGCGUAAUCUCCUACAGGAGGUGUACUUUGGAAAGACACGCGACAUUGUAUAUGACCUGCGCAGCGUGGGCGACCUGGAGAAGGCCAGACGGCAGAAAGAAUUGCAGAAAGAACUCGUUGGGUUUAUCAAACGGCCAUGA